AUGAAAUUAACUCAACUCCUUUGCUUUCUUGUGAUUCUUGUUGAUGUUUGUGAUAGUCGACGCAGAGUUACGACUACUAGUACAACUACAACGACACUACCACCUACAACAACAACUAAAACGGCACUACCAUCAACAACAAAAACAACAACGACACCAUCACCAUCACCAACAACAACAACAACUCAGGCACUAAAUACAUCAGAUCCAUUAGCACUUUCACGUUUAGAAUCUAUUAAAAAUUCAGUUAAUGAACUAAGUCUUCUAUCAAAAACAAUACCGUCUGAUUUUAUCUUUGACUUUGAUAAAGCUGUGACAGGUGUUUCACUCAGUAAUGGUGGUCGUACUGUUGCAGCAACUGUUGCUAACUUUCCAGGCUUGAUCAAUCAUGGUAUUGCAAUGACAGUAGGUUUUUUGGGUCCAUGUGGAAUUAAUCUUCCACAUACACAUCCACGAGCAACAGAAAUCAAUUUUUCUGUUGAUGGUGAUUUUCAAGUUGGAUUUUAUCAAGAAAAUGGUGCAACUUUUAUUAUGAAUGAAGUACAUAAAAAUCAAGUCGCUGUCUUUCCAAAAGGUGCUAUUCAUUUUGAACAGAAUAUGAAUUGUACACCAGCAACAUUCGUAGCAGCUUUUAAUAGUGAAGAUCCAGGAGUACUAACUAUUUCGAAUGCUUUUUUUGGUUCAAUACCAGCCACAGUUGUUGGUGCAAGUUUAGGUGGUUUAAAUAUUUCAACUAUUGAAGACAUUCGUUCAAACCUUGCAAAAAAUCCAUCACUCGGUAUUGAAGAAUGUCGUAAACGAUGUAACUUAUAA